AUGCCUCCCUUUAAAUUUAAUAAUGAGCAUCAAAAUCGACUUAACAAUAAAGCAAGCUAUGCAUAUGCAACAGAUUCUACUCAUCCCACACGAAGGAAUGUGAUCUUUGGAUGGAUACAAGGGGCAAUGUUUGCAGGAUAUAUGGUGGGACCAACAUUAGGAGGAUUGUUGGUGAAUGCAACACAUAAUUUACUUUCAGUAUACUAUGUAACUUUGACAGUAUAUAUUAUGUUGCUUUUAUUUUACCUUUUUAUAUUACCUGAAUCUUUAACAAAGGAAAAAUUAUCAUUGAAUGUGAAACGUCAACAAGAGUUAUUUGCAAUAAACUGGACGGGAAUUAAAUUGAUUGAUUCUUUUCUCAGAUGGGUCUAUGUUAUGUUUAGACCAUUGCUAUUAUUUUUUCCAAAUGGACGACAACAACAAGAUAAUGAUAAUGAUAAAGUUCCUAUCGCUGCUUCAAGAUAUUCAUUCUCGCUAUUAGGAAUAGUAUACUCAUUAUUGUCAUCUUCGAUUAUGGCUAUGACAACUGUAUAUAUAUUAUAUACAUCAUUAGUAUUUAACUGGUCGUUACUAGAACAGGGUUAUUUUGUAUUCUUAAUGAGCGGAACGAAAGUAUUUGUUUUAUUUGUUUUGUAUCCACUAAUAGUAAAAUUCAAAGAACCAAUACUUGGAUUAACAUCAAAAUUCAAGGCAAAAGCCCUUGCAUUAAUAACUCCUUCAAAAAAUACAAUGAAUAACAGUACAGAAGAGCAAAUAGUUAUUGAAGAUGACAAUGGUAUGGAUGUCGAGAUUUUCGCAGAUAAUGUGAAUGAUAAAGAUGACGAGAAACUGAUGAAAAAUGAGUUAAUAUCAGAAGUCCAAUUAAUCAGACUGAUAUUUUUUAUUGACGCUCUAUCUCAUGUUGCAUAUGGCCUAGCAAAGUCCGGUGCAGUAUUUAAUGCUGUAACAGUGAUAGCUUCUUUGGGUAUAAUAACUACCCCUGCAAUAAAAUCGUUGCAGACAAAUCUAAUAUCUCCAUCUCAAAUUGGUCAAUUCUUAGGCGGAAUAAGUGUAGUAGAUUCAAUUCUUCGUAUAAUUGUUCCACCACUAUUUGAUUUUUUAUACUCUGUAUUAGUGAAAACUCAGCCUAACGUAAUAUGGUAUUGCAUCUCAGUCUUAUUAUUUAUUGCAUGUUUUGUUUCAUUUGGCAUACGCCCUUCUCAAUAA